AUGUUUCACCCUAGCCGCGACAACGACCUAGAGGGAUAUGAAUUCGCAGAGAAAUUCGCCGCAGCCUAUAUAGAACGUCACUACACGCUUCCACCCCCCAUCGUAUUCCAAUCACCUCUCGAGAAAUACGAAGCCAGCCUAGAAUUUCUCAAAGAAGUGAUUGAGCACGAGAAAAAACGCCAGCAAUAUCGAGACGAGGUCGAAGCAGCCAAAACAGCGAGACCGGCCACCGAGACAUCCGUCGAAGAUCGUAUAGCGAAUCUGUCUCUCCGUCCCGUACGUCCCGGGCGCCCAUCACCGGAGGAGCUCGCACGUAGACCCCGCCCACCACCCGAAGAGCUCGCACGUCGACGCAGAAUCGGCCAAGCUCGUGCUUUGGAUUCAAGGGACUGGGAGUUAACGCGGCGAGCCGCCGAGUUGCAAUUCCGCAUGGAGGAUCUUGAGACGGAGUACCAGCGCAGCUUCAAGUUUUGUGUGAUCUGGAGGAAGCACUCCCGGUGCUGUCGUAAGCUAGAAGAGCAGGGACAUCCUACCAUCCGUAGGCAUGGGUCCAACUUCAGGCAAAGGUUGUCUUAUUUGUUGAUUCCGGCGAUGAAGUGUGUAAGGAUCACGCAGGCUGAUUUGAACACGGACACGGAGUUGUCUGACUAA